AUGGAAGCUGCCAUGAACACUUCUACUAACCAUACUUCAUCCAUGAAUCAGAUGAGAAAUGGUUUCUUAACUAACGAUAUUGGAAGUAUCGAUAUUACACAGGAGACUCCAGUCAAUCAAAAUUUGAAUCAACAGAAUGCUAACCAAAAUUAUCUAAUGAAUCAAACCAUCCAACAGAGACCACAGUACCAGUUUGGAGUGCAGAAUCAACACUUCCAGCAAAAUGUACCACAGCAAUUUAGUGGACAAAUGGCCGCACAACAACAAGGCUACAAUGGGAUGUCCCCAGGACAAAGAUACCAACAAAAUCAUGCCUCACAGGCUCGGCAACCAAAAACUGAACCCAAGAAAUCUCAUUCUUUGACUCAAAAGUCUUUCUCUAACUUCUUUAAGUCGAAGAAUCAUUUUGGCAAGUUUAAGAGAGGCAAUAACAUGGAUUCUGUUGGUACUAUCGCUGCUGAGGAAAGUGAGAGACAAGUCAACAACAAUGCUGCUGAUGAUGUGAUAUUAAACAACACAAAUGACACUUUUUACACUUUUAACGACAUCCAAAAGGCAGGAUACAAACAAGGUGAUAAAUUCAAUCACAAUAGUUCUACCACUCCCAUCAUACCCACAAUUAUUACUACAAACCAUAAUGAUAUGUCAAGUACAGAAUACAGAAAGUAUAUGACAAAUCAAAGGAAAAUGGCAAUGAGUGCUGUCGCAAGACAGCAACAACAAGGUCCCCAAAAUACAAAUAAUCCAAGGACGUUGUCAUUACAACAGGGCAAUCCAAAUAUAAACAAUCCAAGAACACUGUCAUUGCAACAGGGCAACCCAAAUAUGAACAAUCCAAGAGCAAUGUCAUUACAACAAGGAGCUCCCCGAAUGUUCCCCCCAACAGCUCCAAAUAACAUUUCAAAUAAUAAUAAUGAUGUCAGAACCAUGUCUCUACAACAGGGCCCACCACGACAAUUCAACCAAACGUACAUGAACAACUCCCGUUCCAAUACUUUUAUGAAUAGUUCUAUGCCAAGACCUCCAAUACCUCAACAACAAGGUGCACCACGGACUAUGUCUUUGACCAAUAACCAACAAAGGCCUUUUACUACGCAAAAUCACAUGAAUAUGAUGCAUCCUCAAUUACCGGGAUUUAACAACGCACCGAUGCCUUUACAGCAGAAUAAUAUCCAACCUCAAAACAGAAAUAUGGUACAAAAUAGGGGACAGAUCAUGCCAAAUAUGAACCAAAAUUUGAAUUCUAUGAAUAAUCUAAGGCAACUGCAAAAUCCACCACCAAGCCAGGACCCAUUAUAUACUUCAAAUAAUCGUGGUGAUAGCUUGUAUCCAAAUAACAACUCGUUCCCAAGCGAAGCUUCUAACAAUAGCCCUGUUCCCGGGUAUGUUUCAAACAGUUCUGUGUCAACAUCAAUGUAUGCGCAAGAGCCACUUGGCAAGGAGUCCUCCAACAUCAGUCAACCCAAAUUGAAUGUCAUAAAACUUUCUGAACCUCAACAAAUUGAAAUCAAACAAAGGGAGCAGCAGUUGGCCAAAAGGGCUUCUCAACUCCAACAAAGAGAAGAUAAGAUCAACGAAAAAGAAAGAGAAGUUGAUAUUGAGCUUGAACAGAAUUUGAAUUUAAGACCAAAUAGUGCUUUAGAAAAUGGCCUUCAGAAUUUGAACAUAAGUGAUGACCAUAUGAGAUAUGAUCAGACAGCUCCCACCGUUUUAACUGAAAAAGUACUAACAUUUAAUUCAUUAGAGAAAGAUAAGCCUGUGUCUCAUCAGAGCAAGAACACUGUUGGUACUGAGCCUUUCUCAACCACCGAUGAUUUUCAAAAAGAAAUGACGAUGGUUCUAGACGCUUUUCUGUUGUUAUCAUAUAACUCAAAACGUAUUUCAAUAGCAGACAAUAGAAGAGGUAGCUCUACCAUUGAAAAACAUAGCUCAGAAAGUAACAUUAACGUGGACAUAACCGAUGCCAGCAUACAAGACGAUACUUUCCAAUACAAAAAAGACAAUUACAAAAAAUACGACACUCUUGAAGAAAGUGAUAAAGACAACGAGAAUGAUGAAUUUAAUUUUGAUAAUACAGUUACUGAGAAAUACAAAUAUACUGAUGUAACUGGAAAGAAAUCCAAUGAACUUUUCAUUACUGGUGACAAUUUGACCUUAUUGAAUGAAAACAAGGCGUUGGUAUCGGAAUUGACCCUGCUAUCAACAGAAUUAGCUGAAUCUAUCAAGAGAGAAACCAUUUUAUCUAAACAAUUGAAUUUGAAACUUGAAAGAGGGAACCAAUCCUUAAAACCAGCAUCUUUAAGUGAUUUCGAAAGUGAAUUAGAAAAAAAUACCUCAAAAGUAGUCGAACUUAUUAAACAAGUCAACGAAGAGAGAUUGAAAAGAUUCAUAGCCGAGGAACGUGCUCUACUCCUAGAGAAAGGAGAAAACACAGACUCCUUAGAACUUUUACAUUUAAUUAAUGAGCUGAAAUUUAAGCUAAAGAUGAAAGACGACGAAGUUGCCGAUCUAAAGCUGCGCUUGAACACUUUUGAGAAACAGUUCUAA